UGUUUAUUUGAGUUGGUGAUCGCAGUUUGAUACACGAUGAGUUACAGAGGCAGAGGGAACCAACACAACAACAACAACUCCAAUUAUGCCAGCAACAGCAAUAGCAUUGGCCAUAGCCAACUGAACCUGGUGCUGGUCGAGAUCAGGAACUGGAACAAUGCUCCUGUGGAUAAUUUGGUUAGUUUUGUCUCCAGAAAAGUUCACAUCUACUUGAUCAAUGCUGAGGCUGUUAGUAACAAUGUUAUCCAUGCCAAUGUUCGUUCUAACAGAGAUGCUGAGCAGUUAAUGACAUUAGAUGGUGCCAAAUUUGCCGGCCAAUACUUGAAAAUCACAAUAUUGAACAACCACAAUAACAAUAACAGGAUAAACACUAAUAACAUCGGUAAUGUUAUCAACAAUACCAAUGCUGCAACAAAAAAUACAAUACAGAUCUUGAGGGAUUUCCUCAAAAGAAGAUAUAAUCCCAACGAAAAACUAUUAGAUUUAUCAAAUAUGUCAUCGGAUCAAAUCCUAGUCUCCAAUGAUCUAUAUACAACAAUUUCAACAUCUUCAAAGGUUUUUCCUGCCUUGAUGAAAAUUUGUUCUGAAGAAAACUUUUCAUCUUCACCAUCCACAAAUCUUAACAAUAUUACUAAUAAUGAUAAUAAUGAUAAUAAUAAAAACAACAUACUAUCAAUAGAUUUAUCAAAUAAUAAUUUAGACAAUUCAUUGGCAAUAUCUACAUUAGCUCAAACUUUUCCCGAUUUGAAAAACUUAUCUCUAGCAAAUAACAACCUUCAAAGCAUUAAAUCUUUAGAUUCGUUAAAACACAAAUUAAAUAAACUAACUUUACUAGUCUUGACAAAUAAUCCAAUUCAACAAAAUGAUCCUAAUUCCCUAUAUCAAUAUGAUCUUUUAAAAAUGUUUCCAAGUUUAUUAGUCUUGAACGAUCAAAAAAUUAGAGACGAAUCAAAACUAUCCCAAUUAUUAACUUUCCCCUUACUAAAGAAAAAUUUUUUCUUUGAAAAUCCAACAUGUCAAUCUUUAUCCUCAAAUUUCAUAUCAAAUUUUUUAAAUUUUUGGGAUAAUAAUAGAGCUGAUUUAUCAAUGUUAUAUACAAGUGAAUCUCAAUUCUCUCUAUCAAUUAUCUCGAUAGCUCCCCACAAAUUCAUACAAAGUAAUCCAACUAAUAGUCAAUCCACUUCCUUGAAGGAUUUAAACAAUAAACCUUGGGGUUAUUAUUUACCUAUUUCAAGAAAUUUAUCUGUGAUUAAUUCGGAUUAUAUUAAAAACUCGAGAUUGGCUAAAGGUAAUGAGCAAAUUUUAAAAUUAUUUAAUAAUUUGCCUAAAUCAAAACACGAUCUAAUAGCAAAUUCACAAAAGUAUUCAAUCGAAUCUUGGAACUGUAGCAAUACUUCAAUAAUCGUCGUUCUUCAUGGUGAAUUUGAUGAAAUAGAUCCACCAAUUCAAAUCGCUAAACCUAGUACAAAUACCUCGAGCCAUUAUCCAAAGGGUCACCGCCGUAAUAACUAUUAUAACAGUAAGGAAUCAGCUAAGACUUCCCUAUCAAAAAGAUCCUUUGAUAGAACUUGGCUCAUAGUACCAAAUCCUCAAGGUUCUAUUAUUAUUGCAUCUGAUUUAUUAACAAUCAGACCUUAUUCAGGUUUUGAUGCCUUUCAGGAAGACCAUUCUAUUGUUAAUUUAUCUCUGAAUUCGUCAACAAAUAAUAAUACUUUUAAUGCUAAUAAUAGUGCUAAUAUUCCUCAAAUUGUAAUUCCACCUGAAAUUGAAUCCAAAUUAUCUCCAGUUAAAAAGGAGUUAUUAAUUAGAAUAAUUAUUGAGACUAAAUUGAAUCUAGAAUAUGCUGGUAUGUUAUGUGAGAAUUGUAAUUGGGAUUAUAAUACUGCUAUUGAAUCCUUUAAAUCAAAUCGAUCAAAUAUUCCUCAAAAUGCUUUCAUUUAAUAAAAUUAGGCUUAAUUAAUUAAUCUUAUAAACUCGCAAAUUCAUAAUCUUAUAGUUUAUCCAAAUUGGGUUUAAUUAAUACUUUGAUGCUUUUUAAGAUUUAUGACUAAAAUUUUGACGCUUGUAACACACUUUUUCGUUGGUAUUCAUGGCAAAAUGAUUUUAUUAUUAAGACUUCU